AAUUAGUAAAAUAUCACAAAAACUCGAGCCACAAAAUUCCGAGGACAUCACCAACCAAGAAGAGGAUCAACCAGAAAAUCGGACAUAUGGAGAUAUUCCUGAAGUAGAAAUUCGUCUUGGAACAUCUUUAAAGCAAAAUGCAAUUAGAGAAGGAACUGAUGUCUACUUUGAUUGUCUGGUCAACGCUCAUCCGCCAAUCCAUCGCGUGGACUGGCUUCACAACGAGAAUGCUUUGCCAGCUAACAUCUCCCAAGGUAUAAUUAUUAGCAAUCAUUCAUUGGUUCUCCAAGGAGUCAACAAGGAAAGCGGAGGGAACUUUUCCUGCAUUGCGCACAACUCUGAAGGAGAGGGACAAAGUCUCCCUUUAAUGCUGGAUAUUUUAUAUUCACCUAUUUGUUCAUCGAAUCAACGAAAAAUAUAUGGGGUGGCGAAACAGGAAAAUGUGAAUAUAAAGUGUACCGUUGAUGCAAACCCUCCUUUGGUGGAAUUUAACUGGAUUUUCAAUAACUCAGUUGAAACAAUAGAUGUAGCUGCAAAUAAUAUUGUGAAAACAGGCUUAACAUCUACCGUGGAAUACACACCAAUGACGGAGUUAGAUUAUGGUACUUUACUUUGCACUGCCGUAAAUGCUGUAGGCUACCAGAAAACACCUUGCAUAUUUCACAUCAUUGCAGCAGGUCGUCCGGAUCCCGUUCACAACUGCAGCUUUAUUGACAUGUCUGCAUUUUCAAUGACAAUAUCUUGUACUGAAGGGUUCAAUGGAGGCUUGCAUCAACUAUUUGUGUUGGAAGUAAGAAACAUGUAUACCAAGGAGCUGUAUAUGAAUAUAACAUCAUUAUAUCCUAUAUUUACUCUGUCAACUUUACUUCCCGGCAACCUUUAUAUUAUAUUCGUAUAUGCGUCUAAUUUAAAGGGUUGUUCAGAUGCUACUAUCUUAACUAUUGACGUAGUAAAAUCCAAAGAAACGCAGUUAAGCGCAGGCAAAGUUCAAAAUCACCGUGCCGAAUUUGUAUUGACACCCUUCGUAUCACUUAGUAUGGGAUUAAUCAUUGCAGGAUGCAUAGCAAUGUUGGCUAUAAUUAUUACGCUCCGUACGACAUGUACAAGCUCUGAUCAAAUGAUAAGCGGAUUUUCUCAUGAGCAUAACGUUUGGGAUGUUUCUAGUCGCAGUUCUGGAAGUAAAGAUAUAGAUAUGAUGGAGACUGAUGAAAUAAAUCCAGAUGUUAUACCAGAGCUACUUGAUUCUGAAAAACAGAAUUCAUCGAAAAUUGCGUAUUUAAACAUUGUCAACCAAUCAAGUUUGCCAAAGCAUUCAAAACAUCAAAUUUGGUCUGGUUAUAAAUCUUUAGUUAUUGACAUGAACUCCGCACAAACAUUUUCAUCUAAGCAGCAAUUACUAGGCAAAACGACGAAAUCAAUAUCCGUAGAGCACGGAUCUACUUCAAAUUUUUUUUUAACAGUUAAUUCGAAUGUUUUGUUGCCAACAAUUCCUGUGCUCAGUAAAUCAUAUGAAUUCAAUACUUACGAUCAAGCGCAUUGGAGGUACAAGAACAAUAACUGCCGAGCGAAAGAAAAAAUGGGUGUUAGCUUAGCUCACACUCCACUAAUGCCUAAACGUGAGAGUACAGUAUGAUUUUAGAAUAUCAAGGAUAAAAUACUUCACUCCUCAAUUAAACAUGUAUGAUCUCUCUUAAUGACAUAUGUAUACGCCUUAAUUAAAUUCUGAGUAUAUAAUAAAAAAGAUGUGAACAUACAUA